AAACGCAGGGCCAUGGUCAAUUGAAAGCCUCCUUGUUAGGUGACUCUUUUUAAAAGUCCAAACUAGGUAACAAGAAGCAGCAGAAGACGAAGAAAUUCUGAGACCAGAGAUGGACAAGUUGCUUUGUGAUGAACUUGUACAAGAAAUCUUCUUGAGACUGCCACCACCUUCUUCCUCCUCUGUUUCUCUCGUCUCCAAGCGCUGGCUUCACCUCCUCCGCACCUCCAGAACCUCUCUCACUCUCCGCCUCACCGGAGACGAUUCCACAGUCGCUUCUCUCUCCUCCCUCCUCUCUCACUACCCUUUCCUCUCUUGCCUCUCUAUUCUGUUAUCUGAUCCCAGAGCCAAGACCACUCUGGCUGAUCAGCUCCUCCUGUUGGUCUGUACCUUCUGUGCUCAGCUACUCAGCCUCAGGUUCUUGGCUGGUCCCGUUUCUGUGUCCUCCCUCAAUUCUCUCUCUACAGCAUGUACCCAACUCACCUCUCUGUGUAUCAGUCUCUCCAGGCCUCUCUUCCUCACGUGGGUCAUCAGUUUUCCGAAGUUGAAAGAAUUGUCAAUCAUGGUCUGCUCUGGGGAAAUUGGGGUUGAACGAGGAAGUGAUUAUGGUGUUUUUGCAGGUGAGGAUACUGAUGCAGAAUUGGGUGUAGAGAGUCUGUGUUUAUCUGGGAUUGGAGCUGGUGAUGGGGGAUUGGGCUGGCUUUGGAGGAGCUGUAGAAAGCUGAAGAAAUUGCAGCUCAAGAGCUGUGAGGGAGUUGGGGAUGGGGGCUCUUUUUCGUCAUUUAUUAUGUGCUUGCAGGGUGUUCAAGAAGUGGAGCUCAGGACUUGUAGGAGCAUACUCGAUGGGGUUCUGUUGAAAAUGGCCGAAAAUUGUGAUUCUCUGACUUCUCUUUUGGUUUAUGAUGGUGGUAGCAGGGAGGGUCUGCUCAGGUUCUUUAGCCAAUGCCGUUGCAAUUUGCAAAAACUCGAUUUUCGAUUGCCUCUUGACCUUAAGAAUGAUCAUCUAUUGGCUGUUGCUACCAACUACAGAAGCCUUUCAAGUAUUAGGCUUCAGAGUUGCUGUCUUGUCAGUGGUGAAGGCCUAAAGGCACUCGGGGCUGCUGUGAGUUCUCGCCUCGAAGAAUUGGCACUAAUAAACUGUGAUGUGGUUGAAAGGGAACCAGGGUUGCUGUCCACGUUAGGACAGAAUUUGAGGAAACUGAGGAAAUUGGAUUUGUCGUACAAUGAAUUGUUGCUUGACAAGGAAUUCAUGUCGAUGCUAGUUUCGUGUAACUAUUUGGUUGAUUUGAGGGUGAGAGGGUGCAAAAGGCUUACUAAUGCAUCCAUUAUUUCUAUGUUCAAGAGCUGUAAAUGUUUGGAGAGUGUUGAUAUUAUGCACUGUGGUGGGAUUCAGGCUGAAGCAGUCGAGUCUUUCGUUCUGAACUCUCCUCAGCUGAGACGGGUACAGGUGGAACAAAGCAAGAUAUCAGAUGUUGCAAAGACAUGGGCCUCGCAUAAGUUCAUUGAAGCUGUUGCUUGAUUCACUGAACUGACAAAUGUAUAUUUAUGUUGAUAAAUGUUUUCAAAUGAAACAGGUAUUUAUGACAAGUCUCGACACUUGUUCUGCUUUCAAUUGUAAAUGAUUCUCUUAUAAGUUAUGGGGACCAUAAGUGCAGCUUAUGCUCUGAAAUUUGAAUAAUUGUAUCUAUUGAGUACAGAAUGUUCAAAUGUUUGAUGUGCUAAUAAAUUGUUCCAUCGUUUACGCUUGAA